GCGUGACGAUGCAGCCCUCCGUUGCAGCUGGUUUAUAAAGUUUGCCUUAAUGAAUACAGUUUUUGGCUCUAUUCCCAUCUUAUUCAGGCAUCCGUCCAUUUAUGGCCUGUCCAGGAUCACCAGUAGCCUGUACCUCAGCAAUGGUACGGCUGCCAAUAACAAGCUCCUGCUCUUCGCCAGCCAAAUCACUACUGUCAUCAAUGUGUCCGUGGAGGUGGUGAACACCUUCUAUCCAGACAUUCACUACAUGCACAUCCCUGUAACUGACACCCCCAUCUCUCGCCUCUACGAUUACUUCGAUCCCGUGGCAGAUAGGAUCCAUAGCGUGGACCUGCAGCAAGGGCGGACACUGCUACACUGCGCUGCAGGCAUCAGCAGGUCAGCUGCCCUGUGUCUGGCCUAUUUGAUGAAGUACCAUGCCAUGUCUCUGGUGAAUGCUCAUGCCUGGGUCAAGUCCUGCCGACCCAUCAUCAGACCUAACAAUGGGUUCUGGCAACAGCUUGUCCAGUACGAGUAUAAACUCUUCGGCACCAAUACAGUCCGAAUGGUCAACUCUCCACUGGGCUUGAUUCCGGAUCUCUAUGAAAAUGAAGUAAGAAUAAUGAUAGCGUUUUGACUGUAACUAGCUUUACCACAUCUCGUGAAGGAGCCCAGAGAGAAAACGAAGGAGCAGCUCAGCUUGAUCAAGUUUGGAACUUGGACAAUAAACUCUUCAGCCCAGUGAGGUUUGCUGCGUCACUCCCUGCUGA